AUGUCUUCCAAAGUUUUCCCCACAGGCUCCCGAGCCAAGGACAACCAACAUGCAAGUCAGCCGCUGCAGCAGCAGCAGCAGCAGCAGCAACAACAACAACAACAGCAGCGUGAGCAACAGCCAUUCCUAGAGGCCAAUGCUGAAGCCAUCAACUUCCUCGACUCCUUCCGGCUGGAGAAACUGCUGGUCUUCUUCCCCGAGACUCUGGCCAUCGUCUCAGACACAGGGGAGCCUCAGGGAGAGCUGACCAUCGAGGUGCAGAAAGGGAAGUACAAGGAUGACCAGGGCAUCCUGACCCACUGUCUCCUGGUUCACGCUUUUAGCCGAGGCUUCAUCGAUAAAUCGCCAUGCGGAAGCUCCCUCCUAGGCUACCUAACCAAUAACCUGGAGCUAAUGGAGCAGCACAGUCAAGAGUUCAUUAAGUUUCCCAUGCUCCCCAUGGAACGGAAGAUGAGUAUCCUGAAGCAGGAUGACCAAAUGGUUGUGACCAGAAGUGUCAAGGAGGGUGAGGAAACUAAGACUGGAGUCUCCAUCUUCCCCUGUCAGUCACUUAAGGGCUUUGUCUCCAGCGCCGCCAAUCUGGUACUUCUGAGAGUGAUGGCCUGGCAGAAGUCAGUGCCCAGCGGUGCUCGCUUCCUGGCCUUGGACACAGAGGGCAAACUCUGCUAUUGCACCUAUGAAUCCCUGGGCUUCCAGACAAUGCAACUGGGCCACCAGCAGUCUGAGAUGUUCAUCGUGGAACAAACCAUCCACUCUAAAGAGGACAUCCCCUUCUCCUGUCAAUUCUACCUGCUCUCUGAUGGGCACCUGGCUAAGAGAGUCCAGGUGGGCUCCCCGGGGUGUUGCAUCAUCACUAAGAUGCCCCUCUUGAGGGAAGAGGAUGUGAUUGAGCCUCCGCCCCAGUUUGCUAAGAAGCCCCUGGUGUGGGAGGAAGACCUGGAGUUAUACUCGAAAUUCCUGAACCGGAAGGAGCAGCUGCGCCUCAGCCACACCAGCUAUCUGCGGCAGCACCCUGAGGCCCAAGCGCUGAUCUCCGACUUUUUGCUUUUCCUGCUGCUCCGCCGGCCGGACGACGUGGUCACCUUUGCUGCCGAGCACUUCGGGUCCUUCGACGUGCUGCGCCCGCCGAUCCCUGCCCUGCGUUCCUCACACCGGCCCAGCCCUUUCCGCCCACUGGAGUCUGAGGAGGAGGAGGAGGAGGAGCAGGAGGAGGAAGAAGAAGAGGAGGAGGAAGAGGAAGAGGAGGAAUACGAGGAGGAAUACGAGGAGGAAUACGAGGAGGAAUACGAGGAGGAAUACGAGAAUGGCGACUACCUGUAUGCCGCCGACGAUGAUGACUAUGAUGAAGACAACGACGAUGUCGACGACGACGAUGUCAACGACGUAGAAAGCGACGAUGUCAAGGAUAAUGACGACGACGAAGUCGAAGACAAUGACGACGAUGACAGCCAGGAUUUGGAUCUGCUCAACCAGAUUUUGGAUCUGAAAAAUGACUAGAAAGACGGCUGGGAGUGAGCCCCUGGGACUGGCAGGAUCCUCGUUGCGGGUUCAGUGGGAGAUAGCAGGGUCCUUCCCCCACCUCCACUCUGCCAGCAGGGACUGUCUCUGGCCAGCCCCUCUUGUUAAAAAAUGUGAAGCUUUAACUUUGUUUACCCAGUGAGGUUCAUCUUUUCUUCCUAGAUGCUAUUUUCACGGUUGUGACCGUUUCAGAGGAAUGAAAAUUAAGGCCUGUAGACAGAUGUGUUGACAAACGCCUGUAGCCAGCGCUCAGGAGGCUGACACAGGAAUACUGCUGAGAAGUUGGUAGCAAGCUAGGGCCACACGACAAGGCCCUGUCUCAAAAUUAAACUAAAAAUUAAGAGAAGAUGGGGUGAGGAAGUGCGUUUGAGUCCUGUGUGGUAAGAUCCUGUGGACAGGAGAGCAGGCUUUUAGCCUGGAGUUGGCCAUGAAAGCCAGCAGUAGCACCCUGAAUCUAAACACAAUCACCACCACCUAGGAAAGAAUGCAGGAAUGUGAGCAGGGCCAUGGAACACCCCUCGCCCUGCUCAGCUUCUUAAUGCUUCCGUUCCUCCACCACCAGCCAGUACACACGAGACUCCCCCAGACUGUGCAAGGGCUCCCCAGUUACCCAUAAAGAAGACAAACAAAACAGACAGGUACUCAUCACUACCCCAGGUCCCUUGCUCGCCCCCAGUUCCGGCCAAUGGCUUGUCUGUCUGAUGAUGGCCGUGGACUGGGAUGAUGGCCGUGGACUGGGAUGAUGGCCGUGGACUGGGAUGAUG